AUGGUACCAAAAUUGAUAAAGGCUAGAAAUUUGCCGGCUAGUUAUGGCUUUGCGUUGUUAUGGCCGAGCGUUGUUUUGGGCUGUACCCGUAUAAACUUUUUUCAAACCGAUUUAACCGUGCCUUUCUAUAUUUUUUCAUUUUUAGUGAUUAUUUAUUUUAAAAUGGGUGAAAAAGGUUCGGAAAAGUACAGUUUCUCUCUUACUACGUUCAGCCCUUCUGGGAAGCUUAUGCAAAUUGAAUAUGCUAUGAAUGCCGUAAAAAGUGGUUCUCCAUCUGUUGGACUUAAAGCAAAGGAUUGCGUUGUUUUGGCUACUGAAAAUAAGAAUUCUCUUCUUCUGAAUCCUGAAAGUAAAAUUGAAAAAAUUACUUCUCAUGUUGGAUGUGCUUAUAGUGGAAUGGGGCCUGAUUCUCGAAUUCUUGUUCGCAAAGCACGCAAAAUCGCUGCUGAAUACAAAUUGCAACAUGGUGAACCUAUGCCAAUAACGCAACUUGCAGCAAAAAUAGCCGCAAUAAUGCAAGAAUAUACUCAAUCUGGCGGUGUUCGGCCAUUUGGAGUGUCUUUGCUUAUUGGAGGAUGGGAUGAAUCAAAAGGACCAAUGUUGUUCCAGAUUGAUCCAUCGGGUUCAUAUUUUGCUUGGCAAGCUACUGCAAUUGGUAAAAAUGAUAACAACGCAAAAACUUUUCUGGAGAAACGUUAUGACUCUAAUAAUGAGAAAAUGGAUGCCAUUCAUACUGCUCUUUUGACUUUGCGUGAAUCUUAUGAUAUUGGUAUGACUGAAGAGAAUGUCGAAUUGGUUAUAUGCUCAAAGACUGAGGGAUUUAAACGCUUGACCAAAGAAGAGUUGAACGAACACAUUAAGAAUCUUUAG